UCUCACGAGUCUCUCAAUCAAUAAUCAAUAGACUAUUUCCCUUCAUCUUACCUUAUUCUCAAGUUACCUAGCAAGAGCUCUUACACGAGCAUAGCUUACGAACGUAACGCUUCUAAGAGGAUCUUUCUUUCUACACGAUCUUCUUCUAAGUAUUCGUAUCCCCAUUCUUCGGAUCCGCAAGAAGGAUCUCUAGUUCGGGAAUCUAUCUAUUUAUCACUUCUCCCGUCUCAGAAAGGAAAAGAAGAUCAACAAACUACCAAUCGAUGAGGAAAAAAGAAAGCUUCUCUCUCCGUUGUUUCAAUCCUACGUACCAUGGCCGAAGGGAAUUUGCGGAGAUCAUCUGAUGAGUUGAUGGAAGAUCAGGAGGCUCGGGAGUACUAUCGUAAACUGGCGGAAUCCAGCGGCGAAUCCAACUCUCAGAUCGAAAAAAAUGUGGCUUUCAUCCGUGACCUGAUGGAGUAUUGGAAUAAAGUGCAUGAAUGCGAGGGUUUCGAUAUCGAGGGUAUCGAUGCACCACAAGGAAGUAAUCCACUGGUGCGUGUCGACUGCAAAAGGGUCUACAGUCUACAGAUAUCCUGAUUUUGUAGACCUUUACGCUAAGCUUGGACUUCAUCAUUACAACUUGUUGGAGGGUACAAACUUUCAAUUCAGUGAGCUAAUCAAAUACAACAUGACAUGUAACUGUCUCUCCUCUUACUACAUGACUCUCGUUGCCACUGAGCCAGCUACCGGUUUGGUGCAAACCUUCCAGGCUGAAGUAGCUGAGCAAAUCUUUGGCCGAGGAAGCUCCGCCAUGAAGCCCUUGUUGACGUUUCAGGAGGAUCUGGAUGAGAGAGUGCUAUACAAAGAUGAAUUGUUUGAGUGGCCGUCGGAGGAUGCCUUCAACGACAGAAACAGAUUUUACAAGGUUCAGGAAGCAGAGUUGCAAGACAAUGACUGGAUUUGUCUGUAUGUGAAACUUGUCCUAGUUUCAAAGGAUAAAAAGCUCCAAGCCAACCAUUUGUCCAAAUUGAAGAUAUUGAAAGUUUGGAUAGAAGCUACUGUCGAUGAGGUGGAACCGCCAAAUGCGAGACUCAAAGCCAAAAGCGCACUUGGCUACAUAACUUUCCGCUUGGCCAGUUGCGGGAUUAGAGAGGAUAUUGAACGCAAGGCUAUUGUGAGAAGAGUAAUCAGUGAGACAGGGAGAUUGAUCCUGCUUGAUGUUUUCACGCCUUUCAUGAAUAACGAUUCUUCCCCUUAUCCCUGGCUAUCCGGAGAUGACUCCUGUAGACUUUUCCCGCCUAUCACAGAUGAAGUGACAAAGAUCCCCCCCCUGGAUCAUUUGUUUCUUCUGCUUGUUUUUGUGUGUUUAUGCUAUUUGACUAUUCUUUUUUUUUGGUUCAACGACUGUUUAAUAUCUAAGUAUGACACUUUAAGUGUGUUCUUUCUUUUUUCAAUAAAAAAAAUUCUCAUUGUAUUUAGACAACUGAAAUAUCCUAAAUCAGCUAACAAGCGUCAGAUUGAUAGACUUACUGCCCAGGUUAUAACAGUCUUCAAACAGGCAUGA